GGUAUCAAGAGAGUCUCAGACUUAGGUAGUUGAGACUGUGAUAAGUGCAUCCUGUGAACUACCCAAAUAAGGAGGAAAACAAAGGCAGCUGGGUAUGGGAUGCCAUAUAAAAAUCACUUAAACCAGUCGUCACUUCUUGUUUCCUAAGUAGUCCCGUGCUGGAGGUCUGCCCAGAUGAAGGUCUCCAUGGCUUUAGAAGCAUUGAUGCUCCUUGCUGUCUUGAUUUGGCCUGGUGCUGAGAACUUACAUGUGAAAAUAAAUUGCUCUCUGGACUGGUUGAUGGUUUCAGUUGUCCCACUUGAAGAAAACAGAAAUCUGUAUAUAUUUGCAGAUGAAUUACAUCUGGGAGUGGGCUGCCCUGCAAAUCGGAUACAAACAUAUGUAUAUGAGUUUAUAUAUCUUGUUCAUGAUUGUGGCAUCAGGACAAGGGUAAUUUCUGAGGAAACGCUCCUUUUUCAAACGGAGCUGUACUUUAACCCAAGGAAUAUACAUCGUGACCCUGAGGAAAUCUCUUUGGAGUGUUCUGCGUCUAGGAAAUCAGUGUGGCUUACACCAGUUUCUACUGAGAAUGACCUAAAAUUGGAUCCUAGUCCUUUUAUUGCUGACUUUCAGGCAACACCAGAAGAGUUAGGAUUAUUAUCUUCUAUCAAAUUGCUCUCAGCUAAAGGAGAAAUGGAAACUUGAAGGUGGCAUUAUAUAUUUGGGAGGAAAACACUUUUGUUUUUUCAUAGCAAGAAUAUAGUUGCUAUAUAUCUCUCCUUAAGUCUCUGGUUUCUAAAAACCCUACUUCAGUAAAGGUCCUGAUUAGUUGAUUAGUAAAUGUGUAUUUCUAAAUAUUUGUAUUCAAUAGGGGCAUGGCUUAUUAAUUUAAUGUUAAUUAUUAGGUAAUUCAUAUUAUACAUUUAUUUUUUUUCUGUUCUGUGUAGAAGAUUCAGCAAUACGUCUUCAAUGAUAAUGACUUGAUUUAAUUGAUAUAAACCUCCAAUAAAUAUGUUCUAAUAUUUUUCAGGUAGAAUAAAGAAUAGAGAUAGGCAUAAAAAUGUGCACGAGGAAAAACUUUGAGCCUAGUGUAAAAUUUGAUGUAUUAACUAUCACAAAAGACAAAAUCCUUUUAUGUGCAGAUACUUAAAUUCAUGUAGACUUUCCUAUUAAUCAGUAAAGUUGAAUCCUAAUCAGAAUGCAGUGUGACAACCUAUUUAGAUUAUUCUAGAAGUAAAUUCAAUUUAUUUUCCAGAGCUCAAGUAACCACUACCUUAGCUGAAAUUCAAUAUUAGGUUUUCCUUUCUCCUCAGUAUGGUCCUUCCACACUCAAAAUGAUUGAUUGGUUGAGUUGGUCAAGCAAAGAGUUAUCCUGCCACCUAAGGGAAUUCAUUAAAUAAUCAUUACCACCUACUUUAUACUCUCUUCUUUCCCUUAAACAGGGAGUCUAUGUAUGUAAUAUAUCAAAAAAACACUUUUGAUUUUUGUAGCUUUCUUAUAUCGAGGGUGAGAAUUGAACUGUGCCAUUGGCUGUUCAAUCGCUUGUUGAAUCUACAUUUUGUUGCCACAUUCUCCUGGAAACAAAUUUUACCAAGAUACUAUUUGUUAUUAUUUUUAAUUAAAGUGAUACUAUUCCAUUUCCAAU